UAGCUACUAGAUAGUAAAUCAGUUAGAAUAACUUUUAAAUUGAAAGCACAUUGCAGUUAAUUAAAAUAAAAUGUGAAACACAAUUGCCUUCACAAGCGCAAAACUGGUUUGCCGCCCACGCCACCCGUUCUCUCUCGCUCCCUCUCUCCGCUUCGCUCUCUCGCCUCGCCUGCUUCACACCUCAUUCGUAAACAAAGACAAUGAAAGCUCCAGUUGAGCGGCUGAAAGGCCCCAAAGCCCCCAGAUUAUUUCUCGCCGUCGAGCCGAGCGCACGUACUCGAAAAAAUAACACUAACAACAGUAUACAAUAGUGCAGCAUUGUGUAAAACACGCGCGUCUCCGCUGUCUCGCUCUGGCACACACCCGACACGGACACUCUCGCGCACACACACGCUGAUACAUACCUGUAAGAGAGCGAGAGACACGAAAAAGGUGCAUGGAAAAGCGGAAAAUCGGAACUGAAAAAGUCUGAAUUUCGCUUAAACGUAGUUAUCUAAGUACGGCUGACAGUUGGAAAACGAAAGUGUCGGCAAAAAGUGUUUCAAUUAGUUAAAUAUCCGAGCAACGCAAGAGGGAAAUCUACACCCACCCGGGCUCGGAAUCGCAGCGGCAAACGGGAAACAUCUGGGCGCGAAAAAAUCGAUCCAGACGAUGUGAAAAUUGGCCAAAUUUCGCCGUACCGCCCAAUGUAAGCAACAAUUUUUGGCAAAAACAACCAGAUACGACUGGAGAUACUGUAUACACUGUGGUGGAUGGGUAGUUGGGCGGCGUGUUACGUUGAUAUCGUAGUAAACAUAAAUAUAAAACCGCGGCGCAACAACCCGAGCGGCUUAGUCAUCCGUGCAAGAGAUUCGCUUUAGCUGCAGAUACCAAGAGAUGCGAGAUACAAAACACCAGAUGCAAUAGACAAUAAGCGGUUUGAAAAACGAACCCAGGCGAACUUGGAAACCGAACGGCCCAUGUAACUCGAACAAAUUUCAGCUGCAAGUACGCGUUAUAAUAUACGCAAUUCCAAUCUUGGAGAUCCCAACUCCAAGCGGUUGAUAAACCCUGCAUCUGAAGGAACUUGAAAGCCCGGAGACCACGUAAUUACAAAUAAAUUGCAGCAACAACAGGGCAACGCCUACGACACGCCAGUGAUUACAACAACAACAUUACUAUUUACCUAGCCAGCGUAACCUGUUGUAGGUUUUUGUAUUGCAUUGUUGCUCACCUCUCGCCGCCUAAAAUUGGGCAUUCACAAGCGGCUUAAAUACGUGGUUAACCAUCGCAAACCAUCGCAUAGCACUAUACAUUCGGCCGGAAUCUGCAAGUGGCACACCUGUGGCCACGGGUCAGUUGAACACCAAUUGGACGACCAGUUGGAGCCAAGGCAACACCAUCGCCAUUGCCUUUGCAAUCACAAUCACACACAAUGUCGAGACUCACCGAGGAAAUGGUGAUUGCGCGGGCCAAGCAGUCCGAUCUGUCCCUGAUCAAGAAGCUUAAUUGCUGGGGCAGUGAUCUCAGCGAUGUGUCCAUCAUCAAGCGAAUGCGUGGAGUGGAAGUUUUGGCUCUGAGUGUCAACAAGAUCAGCACGCUGUCGCCCUUCGAGGACUGCAACAAACUGCAGGAACUGUAUUUGCGCAAGAACAACAUCUCGGACAUCAACGAGAUCGCCUACCUGCAGAAUCUGCCGGCCCUCAAGUACCUCUGGCUGGAGGAGAAUCCCUGCUGCGACCGAGCGGGCGCCAACUAUCGGCAGCUCGUGUUACGCGCCCUGCCCAACCUGAAGAAGCUCGACAAUGUGGAAGUCACCCAGGAGGAGUUGGACGACGCCCUGCGUGGAGGCGGUGGCGCCGCCCCGGAGGAUGAGGUGUACGAGGAUGCCUACCAGCAGCAGCAGCAGCAUCAGCAGACGGCGCGAACCUCCCCGCAGCAGAUGCCGCAGCAGCAGCAGCAGCACAGCUACCCGCAACACUCGCCGCCGCAGCAGCAGCAUCACCACCAGCAGCAUCACCAACCGCAGCAGCAGCAUCAAUCGCAACAGCAGCGACGCAGCUCCAGUCCCAUGAAAGAGCCGCCACAGUUGGCCAGUCCGCUGGUCAAUAACAGCAGCGAUGGGAGCAUCAGCCACAGUGCCAGCGAUCUCUACCAGGUUCAGGCGGCCCUGCCGCUGAAGGGCUCCCAGCCACCCACGCCCACCAAGGAACCCGUGCAUCCGCCAUCGCCCAUGUAUAACACCAUAACCAAAGAGCAGCGCACCUCCUACCACCAGUACGAUCGCUCGCCGGGAUCCGACCAGGAGAGUAGUCCGCACACAGCAUACAGGGAGGUGCGGCCCACGCCGCUACCGCCCAGCAUCUCUGCGCACUCGAUGAAGGUAAGCCCGACCAUCCUCACCAGAGGCGCAAGCGUGGCACGAUGGGUCGGGACGAUGGUGAAGCUAUCUAAUUGUGGUAUUCCCGCACAGGAGUACUAUCAGUCGGACAGGCCCGCCUACCCGGCGCACUACCGCCACAGCCAGACGGACCUCACCGAGUGGGAGGAGCACCAGCAGGCUCCCCAGGUGCAUCACAAUCCGUACGGCAGCCAAAUGCAGCUGCAUCAUCCCCAGCGACGCAGCGCGGGACCGGAGACGACGGCCUACCGGAAUGGCAGUGCCCGGGAGAAUGGCGGCGAGUGGGAUCCGGAGGAUAGGCCCAGGUCGAGACGGCCCGAGGGCAGAUAUAGUGACUCGACUACUACUUUAUCGGCCUCCGUGAUGAAUCACUACACGGGCUACCAUCGCCGGCCCGUGAAUAGGAAUUCGAACCUACUCUCCGCGACCCUCUGCCUGGUGAAGGAGCUGGACUACGCCAGUCUGGAGGUGCUCGAGCACGCCGUGCGAUGUCGCAUCGAUGAGAUGGCGGGCGAAUGAUGAAGACGACUCUCUAAUCGCAUGUCGAUUAGCUAAUCCAACGCCUUUGGGGAGUUUCAAAACCACAAAUGACCAGAAAAUCACUUAAAAGACAAGCAGCGCAGGCUGCCGAGGAGGAGAGAAAAUGCUGAUAUUAUACUAACGUCUUAAGCAACAAAGGAAAAUGAAAGCAAAUCAGAUACUUAACGAGGAUAACGAUUCAUACUUGCCAAUUGUAAACUGUCAUAGUGUAACUAGCAACUUUUGUAAGCAUUUUGUCAUGUAACGAACUUUGCUAAGGGAAUCAGAGAACGAAGGAGAAACAUAGAAGAUAAUCGCCGAUGGAUCGUUUAAUGAAUGCUUACAUUGAUUUCCGCCUUUUGAUCCCAGAUCCCGUUCAGUUGAGUCCCGAUCGAGCACACAGACCGCUAAAAACUAGCCUUCUUCUUUGUACUUAACUCGCGAGGAUCGAAACUAACAAACUAAUGGCGCCCAAGGCGCCGAGCACAAUGUAUCUUCCUUGUUUCUUUGUAAGAUUAGCUGAAAUUUAUAAUCAUGACUUUGUUAAAUAUUUUGUACACGAAAGCAAUUAACGCUAAACCUUAAUUUUAAUAUAUUUACCUAUAAUGCAAUGAA